AUGUCUCAGACUGUUGAGCUCAAGGUUGCUAUGUCUUGCCAAGGCUGUGUUGGGGCCGUGAAGAGGGUUCUUGGAAAGACAGAAGGCGUAGAAUCAUUCGACAUUGAUUUCGAGAAGCAAAAAGUCACUGUGAAAGGAAAUGUUGAGCCAGAAGCAGUUCUAAAGGCUGUCUCGAAGACUGGAAAAGCAACUUCCUUAUGGGAAUCAUCUGAAUGA